AUGGAUCAUAAUAAGGAAAAUACUUCAUCGGACCCCAUCAGUUUCUUCCCAUCUGAGAUUACUGCAAAGAUAUUCAAUUAUCUGGACACCAAAGACAUCUUAGCAGCAUCAGAAGUAUCGAAAAGUUGGUGUAAUUUCAUCGCAGAUUCGUCGCAUUGCCUACGAAAAGUCAAACUCAACUUCAAUCCAGAGAUGAUUGUUGAUCACUUACAGCUUUCGAAAUCUUCAUUUUUCAGGAAUCAUGAUGUUUACUCGCCUAAUCUCUCAUUUUCCUACGAAGUCUCAGCAUUCAUAUAA